AUGAGUGAUAGACUAUCAGGCAUGUCAGGCCCCAGUACCCCGGUUCAUUCUGAUCAUUCAGAGUCGACGGUUGAAGGACUUCCACCCCGUCCUGGAGUUGUACCUAUAUCUCCACCCAGGGCACUUACACCCCCACCGGUAGCUGGACCUUCACGUCCACCUGGAUACCCUCGUAGUGGACAGACCCCUAUUGCACCUAUACCACUUAGGGCUAUACCCCCGCCCGCUCCUGUGAUGUCCCCACCUGCUCCCCUUAUACGACCUCCUAUCCGUGGACCUCCACCAGAGCAUGAGUCUUCUGGAUUUUCAGGUGUCGGACCCUCUUAUCCGUGUUCCCCUCUUUCGGUACCCUAUCACUAG